AUGGGUAUUCCAAAAUUCUUUCAUUUCAUCUCUGAGAGAUGGCCUCAAAUUUCUCAAUUGAUCGAUGGAUCACAGAUUCCAGAGUUCGACAAUUUGUACUUGGAUAUGAAUUCUAUUUUGCAUAAUUGUACGCAUGGUGAUGGUAGCGAGGUGAAUUCAAGACUAUCAGAGGAAGAAGUUUAUUCCAAAAUUUUCAGUUAUAUUGAUCAUCUUUUCCAUACUAUUAAACCAAAACAGACAUUUUAUAUGGCAAUCGAUGGUGUGGCCCCAAGAGCAAAGAUGAACCAACAAAGAGCUCGUAGAUUCAGAACUGCCAUGGAUGCCGAAAAGGCUUUGCAGAAGGCCAUUGAAAAUGGUGACGAGUUGCCUAAGGGAGAGCCAUUUGAUUCCAACGCUAUUACCCCAGGAACAGAAUUUAUGGCAAAAUUAACCGAGAAUUUGAAAUAUUUCAUCCAUGACAAGAUCACCAACGAUACCAGAUGGCAGAACGUGAAGGUUAUUUUCUCCGGGCAUGAGGUUCCUGGUGAAGGUGAACAUAAGAUCAUGGAUUACAUCAGAGCAAUUAGAGCACAAGAGGAUUACAAUCCAAAUACAAGACAUUGUAUCUACGGGUUAGAUGCUGAUUUGAUCAUCCUAGGUUUAUCCACCCAUGAUCACCACUUUUGUUUAUUAAGAGAAGAAGUUACUUUUGGUAAACGUUCGUCUUCUGUGAAAACUCUAGAAACACAGAACUUCUUCUUGUUGCAUUUGUCUAUCUUGAGAGAAUAUUUGGCAUUAGAGUUCGAAGAAAUAACAGAUUCUGUGCAGUUUGAAUACGACUUUGAAAGAGUAUUAGAUGAUUUCAUCUUUGUAUUAUUUACCAUCGGUAAUGAUUUCUUACCAAAUUUGCCCGAUUUGCAUUUGAAAAAAGGUGCAUUCCCUGUGCUAUUACAAACUUUUAAAGAAGCUCUCCAACAUAUGGAUGGUUACAUUAAUGAACAAGGUAAGAUAAAUUUGGCAAGAUUUUCCAUUUGGUUGAAGUACUUGUCCGAUUUUGAAUACCUUAACUUUGAGAAGAAAGAUAUUGACGUUGAAUGGUUCAAUCAACAACUUGAAAAUAUUUCCUUGGAAGGUGAGCGUAAACGUACUAGGAUGGGUAAAAAGUUGUUGAUGAAACAACAAAAGAAAUUGAUUGGCGCCGUAAAACCAUGGUUAUUGAAAACCGUUCAACGGAAGGUCACUUCUGAAUUACAGGAUGCCGAUUUCGAAAUUUUCCCUCUUGAGGAUAAAGAAUUGGUUCGGGCCAACCUGGAUUUCUUGAAGGAAUUCGCAUUUGAUUUGGGUUUAAUUCUUGCUCAUUCUAAAUCAAAAGAUUUGUACUACUUCAAGUUGGAUUUAGACUCCAUCAAUGUGCAAGAAACAGAUGAAGAGCAUGAAGCCCGUAUUCACGAAACAAGACGUUCUAUUAAGAAAUAUGAACAAGGUAUUAUUAUUGCAUCUGAAGAAGAAUUAGAAGAAGAGCGUGAAAUUUAUAGCGAGAGAUUCGUUGAGUGGAAAGAUCAAUACUAUAAAGAUAAAUUAGAUUUUUCCAUCAAUGAUACUGAUAGUCUAAAAGAAAUGACAGAAAACUAUGUCGGAGGUUUACAAUGGGUUUUAUACUACUAUUAUCGUGGAUGUCCAUCUUGGUCCUGGUAUUACAGAUAUCAUUACGCUCCUCGUAUAUCAGAUGUGAUCAAAGGUAUAGAUCAGAACAUAGAAUUUCACAAGGGACAGCCUUUCAAGCCCUUCCAACAAUUGAUGGCCGUCUUGCCUGAGAGAUCAAAGAAUUUGAUUCCAGUUGUGUACAGACCACUCAUGUAUGAUGAACACUCUCCUAUCUUGGACUUCUAUCCUAACGAAGUAGAGUUGGAUCUAAAUGGCAAAACAGCAGACUGGGAAGCUGUCGUCAAAAUUUCAUUCGUGGAUCAAAAGCGUUUAGUAGAAGCAAUGGCUCCUUAUGAUGCUAAGCUUUCUCCGGAUGAAAAGAAAAGAAAUUCGUUCGGAACUGAUCUGAUUUUCAUAUUCAAUCCUCAGGUAGACACAGUUUACAAAACACCACUAGCGGGGUUGUUUAAUGAUAUUGAACACAAUCAUUGUAUCGAAAGGGAAUUCAUUCCAGAAUCGAUGGAAAACGUUAAGUUCUUAUUUGGUUUGCCAAAGGGCGCUAAACUCGGAGCUAGCUCUUUGGCCGGUUUCCCAUCCCUAAAGACACUACCACUAACUGCAGAGCUUGCUUAUAAUUCUUCUGUUGUCUUCAAUUUCCCUUCUAAACAACAAUCUAUGGUGUUGCAUAUUCAGGACCUUUACAAGGAAAAUGGCAUCUCUCUGUCAGAUCUAGCAAAAAGACAUAUGGGUAAGAUUGUUUAUUCAAGAUGGCCGUUUCUAAGAGAAUCUAAACUUUUGUCGUUGAUUACAGAGGAAACUGUGUAUGAAGGAGUUAAGUCAGGCAAAUUAACAAAGGUCAUUGAAAGAAAGCCUCAGGAUUUUGAAAGGAAAGAAUUUAGAGAGUUGAAGAUGACUCUCAAAUCGAAUUAUCAAAGGACAAAGGCCAUUCUUUUGGAUGACAUUUCUGCUUUGGCUAAAGUGGUUCCAGUAAAUGGAUUGGUGAGAAACUCUGAUGGUUCCUAUUCUAAGUCUUUCAAUGAAACUAUCGAAUACUAUCCUUUACAAUUAAUCGUAGAGGACGUAAAAAAUAAGGACGAAAGAUAUAUUGAAAAAGAGCCGUUACCAAUUAAUAAAGAAUUUCCAAAAGGUUCAAAAGUUGUGUUUUUAGGUGAUUAUGCGUAUGGUGGGGAGGCGACCGUUGAUGGUUAUAAUAGUGAGACUAGAUUAAAACUUACAGUCAAAAAGGGUUCUCUCAGAGCAGAGCCUAACAUCGGAAAAGUUAGAGCGAAAUUGGAUUCUCAAGCCUUGAGAUUCUACCCAACACAAGUGUUUUCAAAAAUAGCUCGUGUCCACCCUCUCUUCUUGUCAAAAAUUACUUCAAGAUAUUUGGUCAAUGAUUCUAAAAAGAAAAGCCAUAACGUCGGUUUGAUGAUCAAAUUCAAAGCAAGAAAUCAAAAAGUUCUCGGUUAUGCCAGAUGCAGCUCAAACAAAUGGGAAUACUCUGACGUCGCUCUUGGUUUGUUAGAGCAGUUCAGAUCUACAUUCCCUGAGUUCUUUGCGAAACUUUCUAACUCGAAGGAACAAGCAAUUCCAUCGAUCACUGAUCUCUUCCCUAACAAAUCUAGCGCGGAAGCUGAUUCCAUUUUGAAAACAGUGGCUGAUUGGCUCUCAGAAGCAAGAAAACCAUUCGUGGUGGUGUCUUUGGAAAGUGAUUCGCUAACCAAGGCUUCGAUGGCAGCUGUUGAAUCUGAAAUCAUAAAAUACGUUUCUUUACCAGAUUCAAGCGAGCAGAAGAAAUUAGCUAAGGUCCCACGUGAGGCAAUCUUAAAUGCGGAAUCGUCAUAUGUUCUAUUGCGCUCCCAAAGGUUCCACUUAGGUGAUAGGGUAAUGUACAUUCAAGAUUCAGGCAAGGUUCCACUUCACAGCAAAGGUACUGUCGUUGGCUACACUUCAAUUGGCAAGAACGUCUCAAUCCAAGUUCUAUUUGACAAUGAAAUAAUUGCAGGAAACAACUUUGGUGGUAGGUUGCAGACCAGACGUGGUUUGGGAUUGGACUCUUCCUUCUUAUUAAACUUGUCUGAUAGACAAUUGGUAUAUCAUUCAAAGGCAUCGAAGAGUGCUGAUAAGAAACCAAAAGCAGUUCCUAAUGAUAAGCAAGUCGCCCUCGCAAAAAAGAAGAGAGUGGAGGAACUCAAAAAAAAGCAAGCCCAUGAGUUGUUAAAUCAUAUCAAGAAGGAUAACGCGGAAUCAAAUACCGAAUCUGGAUCCGCUCCGCAAAUAGCAGUUAACACUUUAAAUCCUUCGGCUGCUAACAACGUGUUCAAUGCCGUCUUGAACCAAAUCAAACCAGGUUCUCAACAGCAAAUUCAACCACCUCCAGCAAAUUCUCUGCCUUACAAUUUCACUGUUCCCCCACAUAUGGUUCCUGGUGGUAUUCCUCAUCCUCUUAUGAUGCAGCCGCCUUUCAUUCCGAAUAAUGAGCAUAUUGCUUAUGCAGCUCCUCCUCAGUCACAACCUGUACAAAAUCCACCAUUAGAUAAAGAGGCAUCCAGGAAUCUUAAGAAUCUCCUAAUUAGAGAUGAGAAUGGACGUACAGCAAAUGUGGAGAAUAAAGACUCAGAUGAUACAAAGAGAUCUUCUCAUUCUCGUGGCGGUCGUCGUGGCCGUAGUAAUCGUGGUCGUGGUGCCUCCGGGAGGGGUGGUCAUUUCAAAAAUUCUCCUAAAAAAACUGAAACCUGA